CGCUGAGUGUAGAGAAACCCACCACCACUCGAGUGCCAGUUAGCGAGCUGUCGGGUUUAAUUUGUCCUAUCGCUCACACGCGUUUCAUCUAACCAUUCGCUUUCCACCUGCACUGUGUGAUACCCUUCUGCUUGGUCGUGUCUGGUGCGGAGCAAAAAUUUAAUAAUAAAAUAUCCUUCGAAAGGGCAACAGCAAACAUCCUUCGGAAAACCACAGUUACCCCGAGAGAGAGUGACAAGAAACACAACAAAUCCUUCACGACCAGCUAAAACAGCGCCGAGUGCCGAGUGCCGCCACGUGCCGCGCACCAACCGUUGCGUGAAAUGAUAUGUUUAUUUUCACACCCAAUAUUUCCGGUCUACGUCGGCGACUCCUCAACACCCGGGACGAAAUAUUGUGGCAAUUUACGUCAAAUUGGUAGGUUUUGCACAAAUAACAAGCACUUGAGCGUUACACACCUGCACACGCACGCCGGUUUUGGAAUGGUACCAACAACAAAAAAAGCGAUCAAAUCAAAUAUAUCCAUCCUGUCAUCGUGUCGGUGCCGUGAGAAUGUACCGUAAUAUUUCCCUUUUUGGUGUAAAUUUGGUUUUGGCGUGCUCUCGUCGCUCGUCGUUUCUCCGAUCCCUCGCUGUUUGGGCAAAACAUUAUCUCAAGCAUCGGCACGUGGGCGCACGCAGGGUGCUGAAAGAGGGGGCCGAUACGCUACGAUUGACUUUGCCACGUGGUGGAAAACACGUUCGCCGAGCGCACUACCGAGACGACGAGAUGGUGUGAAUGAUUUUUAUUACAUUCCUUACGCCGGGGGUGGUUUCGCACAAAGUCGCCGAAAUUACAUCUACUAGGCGCCGUGUUUGUACAAUGCCCACAUGAUGAUGAUGAUGAUGAUGCGCCCAAGAGUGAGCCCAUCGAGUGCUGAGACUGAGAAUCACGGCACGGAAGGGCGUUGGCGAGCAAACAACACUCGCCGAACAUCAAAGCGCUGGGCGAAGGAAAAACUAUCAGCAAACAAUGGUGCCGCCGUCGCAUCGGCGGUGUUUGCUUUUCCGUUUUGGUCGGUGGAAAGCAAAACAGUUAACAAAUUAAAAUCCCUUUUGCUGGCGGAACAAAUCUUGUUUGUUGUGAUUUGAUUGGAACAAGAACGUUGGUGAAGAUUGAGGGAGUGGGCUUACCUUAAGGAAUACAUUUGUUUGAUUUUACGCUAUCAGUAUGAUAGUGCACUGCAGAUUGCAUAGUACUAGGCGUUUACGGCAAUCAAGCUAAAACGCAACCUUCCUUUUGGCACUCAUGGCCUACUGAUUCUUUCCAUACGUUUGUUUCGCACAACAAUCAACAUCAUCAAAGUAAGCAAUCCAUCGCGCACACAAACACACACACACACGCUUCUGUCAAAUUCACUUCCCGGUUCGCGUUCAUCUACCGCGCUGCAAAAAAAAAAACCGAUUGCAGAACCCAUCUGGCCCCCUGGCACCGUUCUCUCCAGUCUGUGUCCAAAUUCUAAAUCAUUGUCCGUCGAAACAUGUCAUCCCCUGUACGACUCUCGGUAGAAGAUUUCGGUACGCUGACGGACGAGCAGGACCAUCGUGUGACGGUGCAAAAGUUUACCUGGCAAACGGCGGCCGGACUGAAGCUGUGUGUGCUGAACCUGGACGCGGCCAUCAUCGAGCUGUGCGCACCGGACCGCAGCUGGAGCAGCAGCGCCAACGUGCUGCUGGCCGCCGACACUCUCGACGAGUACCUGCAGCUCGAUCCGACUCUCGCCUGUGCCGCACACUUCGAGCAGGGCUGGCCAAUGCUGACGAGGAACGGGCUGCGCCAGAACGCGGCCGGCUGCCGUACGGUCGAUCUUAACCGUGUGUGGCACUCGUUCGUGGAUGAAACGCGGCUCCAUCUAAGCUUGGUGCACAAAUCGCCGACGACGCAUCAUCGCAGCACGUUCGCCACGGUUACCAUCUGUGUGGAGGCUUCGAAUGUGGUGCGCAUCCAGUACCAAACCUGCUGCACCAGUGGCGGACUGUACCGGUUGGCCCAUCGGUUGCUGUUCAAUCUGGCCGGACAUGAUGCUGGAGCGGCGGGAGCGUUCGAGCACGUGCUGCAACUGAACGCUGACUCGUACGUCGACGAGAGGCGCAAUCUACGAGCGGCAGGCGAACAUUUCACCGAUCUUCGCAUCGCGCAACAUCUCGGUCUGAGUCUGUACAAGGCCCGGAACGAGGGGCUGGAAGGAGCGGACGGUGUGCGGGGGAUUUACAGUCUCAACAACGCGGCCCAAGAUGGGUUUGCCGUGCGGCUGAUCCACACCGGUAGUGGUCGUGCGAUGGAAAUGUACUGCGACUUUCCGUGGAUGCAUUUUUCCACCCUGGACCAUCUGCCAGCGGGAGAGCGAACGAUCGUUCCGUUUUACCCGCGCGAAGGUAUACGGCGCGUUUCGCUCGUGUUCGAUCUGGAAAAGUUGAUCCUGUCCAUUGUGGAUGGGUCGGAAGAGGAAACAUCAAGCCAGCAAGAGAUACAAGCACUGGAACCAUCCGAAAGUGAGGAUAUUAAAGAAGAUCGACAGGAAGUGUCGACUUAUGCCCCUGGACGGUUUGUCAAAAACGAUGGCUUUCUAAUACAUCCGCUAGCCUGUCCUUUCCGGGCAAAGGCACAGGAAAACAUCGGUACCGAUGCAGGAGACAUCCAACCAUCUCCAUCACCACCGAACCCCUGUCCCGCCCAAGCACCCGUGCCCUUUAUCGGGCAUGUAACGCUCAAGUUCGGUAUCUGCAAACCGCUCUCGCCCGAACCCACUGAGCCACCAUCGGUCCACUAAUUGCUUCAAUCGAAAUGAGUAGAAACUAAAUAGCACCAGUAAUCCAGGGGAAUCGGUGAGUUGAACGGAAAUUUCAAAUUACUUUCCAAAGUAACCCGCGCUCGAGGUGAAUAAAUAACGAAACAUCGAACUCUCAU